GCGCGGGUGACUCCUUUUUCAGCCUCCUCGACCCCCUGCGAAGCAUCUCAGGAUGUCCUGAAGAGAGCCGCAGCUUCACUUCUCCCCGAGCUUGGCCCCGGAAGCGUCGAAGGAGAGCGUCGGAGUUUGGAGAACAUCCCAAAAUCGCGAGACCAAAGGUUAAUUCGGUGGGGAAAGGAAAAAGAUGUUCUCCAGGAUGGACCUCGUGUACCUCUUCUUGGCGGGUUCCUUCGUCCUCUCGACCUGUCAAGAGACUUCUACGGAGACCCCGACCACGGACAACCCCGGAGCCAAUGAACCCGACUUUGUCAUACCCGAGUACAUCCUGCCGUGUCGUAGGUCGGACCCGUUGAUCGACGCGUGCAUCCAGAAAACGUUCAAUCAUCUGCGUCCGUACCUGGUUAAAGGAAUCCCAGAACUGGAGUUGCCCCCGAUCGAGCCAUUGACCAUCCCCGAGUUGGGGAUGGAAAAUGGGCAAGGAGCGGUAAGAGUCAGCGCCCUGUUCUCCAACAUCACGGCGAUCGGGCCCGGAAACUAUUCCAUCACGAAGAUCAGGGUGGACCUGAAGAGCCUGCGGAUGGACCUGCACCUGACCAUCCCAAAAAUCGAGUUGCAGGGUCGAUACGAGGUGACCGGCAACGUCCUGCUCUUCCCGAUCCAAAGCCGGGGCGAAUUCUGGGCGUUUUUCGGCGAGGUGGCGGCCAUCGCGCGUGUCCAGGGCGUGCAGGAGGUCAGGGACGGCGUGCGUUACCUGAGGAUUGCUCGCCUCUUGAUCGACUUCAGUCUCGGACGUGCCCGAUUUCGCGUCAUCGACGAGUUGAACGGCAACAAUGUCAUCGGGCAGGCGAUGAACCAGUUCCUGAACCAGAACGCGAAGGAGAUCAUCGAAGAGAUGAGACCUGCCGCGAGCUCCAGCAUCGCUCAGCACUUCCAGUCCUUCUUGAACACGGCCUUCACGAAAGUGCCCAUGAAAGUUUGGCUCCAGGACUCCUAGAGGCCGAAGAAGAUCCCGAUGAGCGCUCUUCGGCGCCUCGAAUCCUCGACAAAUUUAAUUUCCGGGUCUCCGAUACCUGAAAGUGGACCUUAAAGAACCUCCAGGUGCAAUCCUGCUUUGUCUCGAUUUUCGUUGACGUCCUGUCGAAGCAAGGACCUAGAAAUAGACAUCGGAGUUAGACGUAAGUUCUGAGAGUUUCAUCGAUACGUCGCUAAUUAUUUAUUUCUAAUCUUCUCCUCUCGACGUAAUGGUACUCAAGGAGCCAAAAUUACCCCUGCAAUUACCCCCUCAAUUUCGACGUUAAUUUCUCCAUGAGCAGUAAUUACCUCUUCGUCUCGUUACUUGUAGCUUAACCCCAGUUAUGAGUAGCUUUCUUUUCUAAGGUAGCUUUAACACCGUGAACAGUUUAACUUUAGAACGUAAUAUUUACUGGCUCGACUAAUUAAAGAAGAAACGAAAAAAAAAAAAAGUAAAUUCCUCGAAACCGUCAAUUGUCAACUGUAAAAAAAUUUUCGCAUCGGCCUUGAAGAGCGCACUUCUUUCGUCGGCAUUUGCAAUACAUAUUUUUGAAUAUGCAUUAAUUGGAAAAUCGAGGAAAAAUCGAGCCAGAGAAACUAACUAUACGGGUGCUCUUCAUGGUCUUCUAGAUUAAGGGAAACCCUUUGUACAUAACGAUCAAGAAAUAAAAGAACGCGAAAACAAUAAAA